UGCUGGCCAAGCAGCUGGUGUUGAAUGUGCUGGUGGAGCACAUGGUAGAGAAAGACAUCAUCACUACGGAGAUGGUGGAAAUGAUACAGGUACGCGGGUUAUCGCUUGCGUCGUGAGUUUUAUUUCUGGCUGAACUCGUUGUCGUUCCUUGCAGUGGCAGCAUGGAGGAAACUCACCUGUUACCUGCACGGUUCGGUGUGGUUGCGCUCAGGGCACCUGCAGGGGUUUGGCUGCAGCGCCCAGGAGAACUGUAAGGCGCUUUUGUAGCGAGAAAAAGUGCAUUCCCUCUAGGAUUCCCUCUAGGAUUCCCUCUGUUCUGGUGAGCAGUUGCAGCAGGCUGCACUUAGUGGAUCGGGUGGUAGCUUCCAGUCUUUUACUGUAAUUUUGUGCUUAUCUUUUUUCUUAUGCAUGUAGAAGAAGGAAUGAUAUGCGUUUCCAAAACAAAAAUAAGUAAACGAAUAUGUUAUAUACCAUUUUGUUGUGACACCCUCCACAGAAAGAAUUUGUGUUCCAUAUAUGUUUUCGGAAAUUGCAUGAAGCACCUUGCAAAGUUCAAGGCUCACUGUCAAAUAACAAAUGCUAUUUGUUUUUAGGCUCGUGUUACUUUCCCUGUGCAGUGCAUACUGUGGAGAGAAGUCAUUGGAAAUAGCCUGGGAUUUCUGCCAGUCCCAGAGGGACGGUAAUGCACAGAACAUUGUGAGGGAUGGACACACAGGUCUUCAGAGAAAGCAGACCAGAAAGGAAGUGGUUGAAACUGCAUGUCAAGUGCAUGUCAGGGCUCAAGCCAAGUCUGGGAGCUUCGACCGAAAUGUGGAAUUCCUCAAUUUGCUGCCCAAGAGAGGCCCCAACGCCUUCUCAGCCUUCUGUGAAGCUCUGCGGGAAACCCAGCAGCAACAUCUGGAGGCAAUGAUCCUGAAGACAAUGUCCAACCCGAGCCAUGAGAUUGCAAGGCUUGAACACUGUCAUGAGUCAGAUCUUCCAUACCCUGUCAGUGAGUCCUGUAAUUCAAAGAGACCCCGUUGGCUUGAACCAAUAGAACACUGCUUGGAUAAUGGAGAUGGUCCCUCAAUUCCUGCAGUGAAGUAUUGCAGUCCUGAAUUUUAUCGCAGUCAUCAGCACUUGGCAUACAAGCUGACAUCAGAGCCACGAGGCUUAGCGCUGAUCCUCAGCAAUGUCCGUUUCAGUAGCGAGAGCGACCUGGAAUAUCGCGCAGGGGGAGACGUGGACUGUGCUUCCCUGGAGAUGCUCUUCAGGCAUCUCGGGUAUCGAGUCACUGUUUUGUGUGAUCAAACUGCACAGGAGAUGCAGAAUGCAUUGGAGAGAUUCUCCAAGCUGCAAGAUCAUCGAGAUGUGGAUUCCUGCAUUACGGCUGUGCUUUCCCAUGGUGUGGAAGGUGGGGUUUAUGGCAGUGAUGGCAAACUACUAGAGCUGCAGGAGGCUUUCCGGCUCUUUGAUAAUGCAAACUGCCCAAAUCUCCAGAAUAAGCCCAAAAUGUUCUUUAUUCAGGCCUGCCGGGGAGAUGAGUUGGACCAGGGAGUGGAUCAAAGAGAUGGCAAAGAGUGGUCAGACUCUCCAGGCAGUGAGGAGAGCGAUGCCAACAAGGAAGAAAGUCUGAAGCUGCGGCUGCCGACACGCUCAGAUAUGAUCUGUGGAUAUGCUUGUCUGAAAGGCACUGCAGCCAUGCGGAACACCAAGCGUGGCUCCUGGUAUGUCGAGGCUCUCACCUCGGUGUUUGCGGAGGACUCCCGACACACUCACGUGGCUGACAUGCUGGUGAAGGUGAAUAGGCAAAUCAAGCAACGAGAGGGUUAUGCCCCAGGCACUGAAUUUCACCGCUGCAAGGAAAUGUCAGAAUAUUGUAGUACACUCUGUCGGGACCUUUAUCUGUUUCCUGGUUAUCUACCAGGAAAAUAACCUUGCCAGCUCUGUUUGAAGAUACUGCCAAAGCUGAACUUGACUGUGGAUAUCUGUUUUCACUUUUACCAACUAUGACAUCAGAUGGGAAACAAGGAGUGCCAGUCUAAUUCUUUGUCUUUUUCUAAAAUAAACUGGCAGCUCUCCUUGUAAUCGGGCUCAGUUCAGGGUUUAAAAUUCUAAUAUCCCAAUCGGAUCUGUAUGUAUAGAAAGUGAUGGAAACAGGAUCAGCAUUGGAACUGGAAAGAAGUGGGAACGUCCUUUGGAAGGAUACAUAAGGGCAUUUGUAAACAAAGUGAAUGUGAAAAUGGAAAUGUAUUACUAGUACAAUAUUUAAGUGAAGGCUUUCUGAAAAGAAAAACAGUCAAAAGAUGCUACCUAUCAUGCUUGUACUUUAACAAUUUUAAAUACAUUUUGCAUGGUUCUUCAUACAGGACAGUUGACUCCUGUGCACAUUAGAAAAGGGCUCCUUAUAAAGGAGAAUCCUCCCCCUCUCUAAAAUGGAAGGUUAUUGUUCUCAGUACUCAACACUUUCCAUUUUGAUCACUUAAAAGUCUAUUUUUCUACAUUCCUUCUAUAGCCAAGUUAUCUCAGCUUAUCAGCAAAACAUGUAGAGGCCAGACAAAUAUGCCUACAUAAAAUGCCCCAGAAAUAGUUUUGAAUAUAGAAAUUCUAGAUUAACUCCCCUUAGUCCCAAGAGUGAACAACUGCAUGGAAUAUUCCUUUUGAGGAAUUUGUUUACAUAGUACUUAUGUGUCACAAUAAACAUUCAGUCCACUAGCUUCUCAGGAGUCUAUAAAUUGCACUGUACAACUGAAGCCCUGAAACUCUACACCCUUGUACAAGAGGUUCUUUUGUCUUUUUAAUUAACAAAAAUAUUCAAGGCAGCUUUUUACAAUCAAAGCAUGUUGCUUGGAUUGUUUAUCGCUGCCGUUUUAUUCUCUUUUAAAUGAGAGGGAAGUAUGUUACAUUAUUAUCCUUUUCUGUGAGUUUUCUUUCUUAAUCCAUGAUCAUUUAAAAGCAUAAUCUAUCACUUCUUUUGGAAAUUCCUUCCACAAUCUCUUCAUACUGUAAUUUAUGUCUUGCUGUGUCCAGCUGCAGUUACUCCCACUUGAUGUGACAUGGGAGAUAGGCAUUGUUCUCUUUUUGUGGUAGAGCCUAAAUCCUGAGAUACUGGAUUACAUAUGGGCUACAGGCGGCUCACUUCACUCUCAAUCUCUCCAUUUUGUAGCACUAAGUUGGCAUAGCUCCUGGCUUUUUUAAAAUGUAAAUAUGGCUUUUAAAAUAUAUUUUUCAGGAUAGAAUUAUGAAUGGGAAGCACAAAGGUAUAUGGAGGGAGGCUGGAAAACUAGGCAUGUGCUCUUUUUAUUAUUCUGCCUAGAAAAUGAAGGCUAUGUUUCCUCCAGCUGACAAAGGUGCAGCAUUAUCUUGCAUUUAUCCUACACACAAUGUGAUGAACAGAACAAGAAUCAUACUUGCCAAUUGGUGCCUUACUCUGAAGUCUAAUAUACCAGUUUAGGGGCUCCUGUACCUCCCUGGAGUAUAAACACUGUCUUCCUGAGUGCUCCCUCUAUGAAAUGGUGCAAUAUUUUACAGAUAGGUUUAUUGAUGAAGCAGUCCAUUCUGAUGGAUUGAAUUUCUGUAGAAUUGCAUCAAGUUGCGUUAUCACUGCCACUUUUGUAUAUCUUUUUGUAUACUUGUAUUUUACUGCCUUGAGGUGUCAAAAUAAAGAAUUUUUGUUUGA